AAAAUCUUUAGCUAGGAUGCAGUGCGUUAGAUCUGCACUUCUUUCUUCGCGUGCAAGGCAUUUCCCUUUACGCUCCUUCUCUUCAUCUACCAUAUCAGAUUCAGAUUUGGUGGUCAUAGGUUCCGGUCCUGGGGGUUAUGUGGCUGCUAUUAAAGCAGCUCAACUGGGCUUGAAGACUGUAUGUGUCGAGAAGGGUGCUACGUUUGGAGGAACUUGUUUGAACGUGGGCUGCAUCCCUAGCAAAGCUCUCCUUAAUAAUUCUCACUAUUAUCACGCAGCCAAGACCGAUUUUGCCAGCAGAGGGAUAAAAGUUGAAAAUGUAGAAGUUGACCUACCAGUUAUGAUGAAGGCAAAAGAAAACAGUGUCUCUGCUCUGACAGCAGGUAUUGCUGGACUAUUCAAGAAGAAUGGGAUCACAUCAGUACACGGUCACGGGACAAUUGUCACACCAAACCAGGUGAUCGUUAAGAACAAUGACGGGGGCAGGACGACAAUCAACACUAAAAAUAUUCUCAUUGCUACUGGUUCAGAAGUUACUCCCUUUCCUGGUAUAGAGGUAGAUGAAGAAACUAUAGUGUCUUCAACCGGAGCACUGUCUCUAAAGGAAAUCCCUAAGACACUUACACUAAUAGGUGCUGGUGUUAUCGGAGUUGAGCUGGGGUCGGUCUGGCAGCGGCUUGGUGCUAAGGUCACAGCUGUAGAGUUUUUGGGUAAUAUUGGCGGUGUAGGGAUUGAUUUGGAGGUGGCUAAGAACUUCCAGAGAUCCUUAGGUAAACAGGGCAUGAAGUUUAAAUUGAACACAAAGGUAUUGUCAGCAGAAAGAACUCCUGAAGGCAUUAAGGUAAAAACAGAAAACAAGAAGGGCAAGAUAGAGGAACUGGUAUCAGACGUUGUCCUGGUAUGUAUAGGACGGCGGCCUUUCCUGGACGGUCUUGGACUGGAUAACAUUGGUGUUACAGUAGACAACAGAAGCAGAAUCCCUGUCAAUGAACGUUUCCAGACCAACAUACCCAACAUUUACGCCAUUGGUGACGUGAUAGAUGGUCCCAUGUUAGCCCACAAGGCUGAAGACGAAGGUAUUAUCUGUGUAGAGGGUAUGGUGGGUGGUGUACCUCACAUUAACUACGACUGUGUUCCCAGUGUCAUAUACACUCAUCCUGAGGUUGCUUGGGUUGGCAAGUCUGAGGAACAGGUCAAAGAAUUGGGUAUUCCUUACAAGAUAGGAACAUUCCCGAUGGCAGCUAACAGCAGGAGUAAGACUAACAUGGACACUGACGGUCUAGUUAAAGUAAUCGCUCACAAGGAUACUGACAGACUUCUGGGCAUACACAUCGUCUGCAGUGUGGCAGGAGAACUUAUAAACGAGGCAGCACUUGCGAUGGAGUAUGGCGCUUCGGCGGAGGACAUCGCUCGCGUCUGUCACGCUCAUCCCACCGUCAGCGAGGCGCUCAAAGAAGCUUGUGUAGCAGCUUACGCUGGCAAAGCUAUUAAUUUCUAAUGACCAAUUUUGGGUUCUUACUUUUUCUUCCACUUAAUUUCCGAGAUAGAGCACACCUUAUACGGCGAGGUUUUUUUGUAUAGAAAUAACGUCUAAUCAGCUAAAGAUGUACGCUCCCAGAGUGUAGACGUUACAGUCCACCAUCGAGCAGUUCUCCCUUCUUUAUAUUGGAAACUGAUAACUUAUUAGUUAGGUAUAUUGGCCAAGUGCGUCAUGUCUAGAUACUUAUUAAACGAUCUGCCACUCCGUUUUCAGAUACCGAUAUAUAUGGACAUUUUGGUGGUCUCUCUGCCCUGAAGUCAACUCCUGGCGUUUUUAGAUCUGAAGUCUGAUGAGCUCAUGUUGAAUAAUUUACGAUUGAUUUUGAGUGUGCCAUUUGUGUUUCUGCCUCUGUCAUGUCGCCACGUUUAUCAUUCUGAUUUGAGCGAGGGUACUCUGUGUCUUCUUCUGUUUAACAGAUCAUAACCCUGGAACUCCCCCAGAACUAUCAAAUCAGAGUAACUUGAACUUCAUCAGAACAUCAUGCUAACUGAUAGGCAGGUAGAUCUGUAAUCCUAACAGCUGAUUGGCUGUCGGCUCUGUGGUUCUCACAUAUGAUUGGUCAGUGCUUUCGCCAAUUCUAUAGUCCAGGGAUGGGAGGAGUGGUGUAAUUAGUUUGUGAGCUGGUGAGCACUUGUGAUAGGAUUAAACACACAUGUAUGAUACCAUUAUAUAUAGUCUCCUUCUUUCUCUUCUGCUGGCUUUGAUAUUACUCUCAUCACACGAUGUCGUGCGCAUUAUCCCAAAUAACCAUAAUUCUCUACUUACAACUAGAUAUUGUAGCCUCUGUGCUAUAAUUACAAAUAUUCUAUCCAUAUUUAUAUCAUGGAUCUAAUGUCGUCUGCCAGUUCCCUGUUAUAUUUAUCAAGGAUCUAAUAUUAUCUGCCGAUUCUCCUGCUCUCCUAGGUUAUUGCUUCCAAUUCUUAUAUUAUAUGUAACGCUGGACCUGCGAUCAUGCAAGUCAUUGAACUGGUCCUGUAGUCAGUCUGUGUAUCACGUGGUCAGUCUGUGUAUCACGUGGUCAGCUUAGUGCUGAACUGAUUAAGUAAUUAUACUCCAAUUAUUGUUUACUCAAUCUCAACAUUGAGUAUUAUAUGCCUGGUGGUAAUUGAAUAUAGAUAUCAGAGUCUCAUAUAAUUCAUAAAGUUGCUAAGACCCCGUAACGCCUGUUCUUACAAGUUCUUGAUUUGCGUUGGUCGUCACGUUUUCGUUGGUUGCCAUAUAUAUAACUACCAAAGUUAAAUAUUUGUAAACCUUUUCUAAAUAAUGUGUCUAAUAAAUACUUUUUAAUUUAAUAUUCGUUUUAGGAUCAUUAUUCCAUAGAUGUUAGUUUAAUUUAAUUAAUAUUUUUUGGUGUCCAGAACCCCUGCCUCUCACUCUCAAAUCAGACAUUCGGACUGUAGCAUAAUUAAAAUAGGGGAAAUUGGGACACGUUAUCAUUUUGUAAUUGCACAAGUCAUCCGGUACUUAAUUAUUUAAUAGAUAAUCAAUUAUAACGAUUGUAUCAUACCAUGUGUCAUGUUCCUUCCACCUUAGUUCCAAUGUUGUUAUCCAAGCUGUUUAUUUCAGAUAUCAAUUAGAAUUAUAGUCUGUGGUUAUCAUGUCCAUUGUUGGGCGUUCAUUCGCAUCUUGACCUCGCAAGACGUAGACAUACCUCUCAUUAAUAUCAUGAUUAACCAAUUAAAAUGACCAUAAUAAUCAAUCAUCACUACAUGUAAUUAUCCUACGAUCGGGUAGAUAUGUGAGUAUUAUACCCAACAUUGACCGGCGAACUGAUAGCUACUUCAGAAGCAAUGAAACUACAAUCUUCUAGAUAAAAUGAGUCAUAGUACUCAUAGUACGGGUAGAUAUGUAUUAGACUGCUGGUUUUAUGACGGGUAUCCUGAUUCCUCACAGUCAUUAUGUGGUUUAUGCGGAAGUCGUUAAAUAACAGACUUGUCCGUGACCUGCAUCACCAAACCUUGUAAUGAGGCUUAUUGAGACGCUUAGCCUGUACAAAAUUUAUCAUAUGAUCUCUUUAAAUUCUUUAAUGUUUUGUUGCAAGGUUUAAAUCCUGUGGUCUCCAACAUGUUCUUGUCAUAUUUCAUGAGUUUAGUUAACUUAUUCAGUUACUGAUGCCCAUUACUUUCGCAUACUGCUUUGAACCGCCUCUAAAUUUAACAGAGUGUCUAUUCUUCUCAAGAAUCGUGACUCGGUUAAGUCCACCUGACCUCAACCAACCUACCAAGUAACGCUAAAAACCGUCCGCUAUUAUGUUUGUAGUUUAGCUCUUUAUCUUUCCUCUAUUCACUAAAGACUUGAACAUGCGUCUUCUGUACUCGUCAAGCUGGCGAGCAGUUAAAGUUAGCCCUGUUCACGUGACCGUGACAAGUCCAUUGGUUUAUAUUAUGAUAUAGUAUAGAAUUGUGGUUUUCAAUGAGCGAUUGUGUUAUGAUGUGUCGUCAGCGGUAAUUCUCAUUCUCAGCUAAUGUACACUUACAUUCGUCACAUAUUUGAGCAGUUAUCUCGCUCAUUAUUUAGCACAUUAUGCACUUUUAAUUCGUGCCAUUACGUGGGUCAUACAUAAUGAAACAAGGAACGUCCUUCGUACUCACGGAAAUUUCUUUUGUAACCCUUUUUCGUCUAGAUUAGUGUCUAGACAGUCAACAUCACGCACUGAAGAUUUGAAACUUCAGCACAUGUCGCUUGCACCAGAUCCUUCUUAACUUUUGGGACUUUUUGAUUUUGUACGACAUCGCACGGGUUUGGCAGUGAGAGCAUGGCCUCCAAAUUUCAGGGGAGUUGACCAAGUGCAGAGUAUGCCGUUAAAAUAUUUCAUCGGUUGGUCUGGUCAUUGUAAGGUCUGGACAUUGUAAGCCGUCUCGUUAUUCGUAUUCAACCCUGACCUCAGCUCUUCAGCUGACCUGUUCUUUAUUUAACCAGCUUUAAGUCGACCCUAUUAUAUAUGAGUAAUGAAUAUGAAUAUGAUGUACGACUGCAUGAUAUUGUUUUAGAAAGAUAAAGAGGGUUUGGUUAAAUAUAUUUUUAGAUCGGUUUGUAGACCUAGAAACUGCUUGUCCUUCGCUCGGUCGAAGUUUGAAUUUUGUACCAAAUGUUCAAGUUCUGUUAUUUGGAAUAAUAAUCAAUUGUAAUUUUUGAUAAAUUAUUAAAAUGCUUACCAA